GACCCUCCAAAUAAAGCCCCCGUGCUUAUAUGACGCAGCAAGGCUCUCCACAACGCUGAUAGCCAUAUUAAAGGCAGCCGCCCUCCACCCACCCAUCAAUCUGAUGUGAAGAUCGAAAAUAGGAGGGCUUACAUGACUCUGCUCCACCACAGUGGAGGGCGAGGAAACGCGUGUGGCAUCUUCCAGCAUCAGCACUGCCACGGUGCAGUGAACAGCAUCAUCCAUGCGUUUACCUCACAACAGCGGACAAUAAGCAGGAUAUACACGCGCUUUUUCCCGGGAUUUGAGCAGAAUCUGCGGAUGACCAGCAAUGGGGGAAUGGACCAUACUAGAGAGACUUCUGGAGGCUGCUGUCCAGCAGCACUCCACUAUGAUAGGAAGGAUCCUACUGACAGUGGUGGUGAUCUUCCGGAUUUUAAUCGUAGCUAUAGUGGGAGAGACAGUGUAUGACGACGAGCAGACCAUGUUCGUCUGUAACGCCUUACAACCGGGCUGUAACCAGGCGUGUUACGACAAGGCUUUCCCCAUAUCGCACAUCAGAUACUGGGUCUUUCAGAUCAUCAUGGUCUGCACGCCCAGCCUGUGCUUCAUCACGUACUCGGUGCAUCAGUCGGCCAAGCAGAAGGAGCGGCGAUACUCCACCGCCACCGUCCUCCUGUCGCUGGACAGUAAAGAGCAAGAGUCGCUGAAGCGCGAGGAGAUCAAGAGCCAAAAGAUCAAGAACACCAUCGUGAACGGAGUAACGCACAGCGUGGAUAACACCACCAAAGACCCCGAGCCCGACUGCCUGGAGGCCAAAGAGCUGAUCACGUCGAGCUCGGGCAAGCCCGUCAAGUCGAAAAUGCGUCGCCAGGAGGGCAUCUCGCGCUUCUACAUCAUUCAGAUCGUGUUCAGGAACGCGCUGGAGAUCGGCUUCCUGGUGGGCCAGUAUUUCUUGUACGGAUUCAACGUGCCCGCCGUGUACGAGUGCGACCGGUACCCGUGCAUCAAAGAGGUGGAGUGUUACGUGUCCAGACCCACGGAGAAAACCGUCUUCCUCGUCUUCAUGUUCGCGGUGAGCGGCUUUUGCGUGGUGCUCAAUCUGGCCGAGCUCAAUCACUUGGGCUGGAGGAAGAUCAAAACGGCCGUGAGGGGCGUCCAGGCCCGAGGAAGUCCAUCUAUGAGAUCAGGAACAAAGAUCUGCCCCGCAUGACCAUGCCCAAUUUCGGGCGCACUCAGUCCAGUGACUCUGCCUACGUGUAAUCCAGGCUGUACAGAGAGCGCGCAGAAGAAAUCAAAAAACACCCCACGGACGAGUCCCUUCGAUCGCCGCGUAAGGUUCAUGAAAUGCAAGCAGUCGGGUAGGACGUUUUUGUUACCGUUCGUUUUAAAGACUCCAUUGACUUCUUCAACUGUGGAUGACAAACACGUUUGUAAAACUAUACGAUGCAACUUUUGUACUCUGAGAUGUAGUAGCCUACACACAAAGAGCAAACACUGAUACCCGAAUGCGCGUUCCCUCUCCAAACGAGCUGCGGUUGCGCUUUACAUCACAGUGCCCGUGUUACACACAACGCAUGCCGAUACGAUUGAUUGAUUGAUUUAUCAUCAUCAUCAUCCUUUUAUCUUAAUGCACCGGGAAACAAUUGCAGAUGAAGUACGAGUACUCAUGUCAUUGCACUGUGACAUGCGCAGUGGCAUGUGAAGCGUGACCGAAGCUGCUCAACUAAAUACUUGAAGGGAGCGAACAGAGUACGUUUUGCACUAACGAGAUGCUGCUGCCGACAGUAUCAGUUUUUGACAUCACAUUUAGUGCACAUCGGGAGAGUCUUACAGUCAACCACACAUUGACAUUUCAAUAUAUGAUUUCUCUCUUUUGGUUGCCUGUACCGCACCAUUGACCUUAACGUAGGCUACUAUAUGUGAUUCAUUACAUUGCAAAACUGCUGUCUGUCUGUCUGUCUGUCUGUGUGAGUGAAUUUGCUGCAAACGCUUAAAGUCUGUGAUUUUAUUUGAACACCAAAGCGCUUCUUUCAUUUGUGAGGUGUCUUUCCGCUUGUGUAAUCAAGUGCCAUACUUGUAUAUAAAUAUAUGCAUAUAUAAAUGCAUAUAAAAUAUAUAUAUAUAUAU